AUGGAGGAAGAAGAAAUUGGUGGUGCUGGUGGUGGUGAUGGUGAUGGUGGUGGUGUGGUGGUUAUGGAGUUGGUGGUGGUGGCGGUGGCAGGGAUGGUAGAGGUGGAGGUGGCUGUGGUGGUGACGACGAUGAUGAUGGUGGUGGUGGCGGCGGUGGUGAGGCUAAUUUCAGAAUGGGCCGAAGCUCAAAGCGACACCUUCCGUGGACUUAUUCAAUUGUCGUCUAUAUCCCUACAAGACCCGAGCCUGGGGAUUCGAUCUUAG